CAAAGCGGCUCGACCCCAGUCAUCCGGUGGUUAUCGCAUGAUAAACGGGGUUAAAGCCAACGUUGACGGAUGAGGUAUGUGGCGCGCAUGGUCCUCCGCUCGCGUCACCCUACCCGCAUAUAUGAUGCUCAUCUGACGACCGACGUCCACACAGGCUUGCGAAUAUUGCAGGUAUACCUUAGCCUUACUACGGAAGGACUUUCAUCUCGUAAGUAUCCCAUCAUGUCGCCGGCUUCUUUUCUUGUGGGAAUCUGGAUCUGGUUUCGAAUAUGCGCUCAACCCAUUGACGUGCGGGUGAAGGCUUAAUAUCUUUGACCUGAUCCUGGUCAAUGACCAGGGUACGAUGCCUCUCUUACCCUUGUUCCCCCUCUCGCGUCACCGUACCUGCAUAUGAUGCACAUCUGACAACCGACGUCCCCACAGGCUCGCAAAUAUUGCAGGUA